CUUAAUCCAGCUGCAUGGGGGCUGUUCCACACUAUAUCCAUGGAUCUCCACAACUGUCUUCUACAUUAACACACCACUACUGAGGAAAGCAGGACCGUCUUCAGGAUAAACUGAUGCUAUCACUGAAUCCAAAUAAGUACAAAUUCUUUUUCAAAUGACCUAAACACAGGGACAUUUUUUUCUGUCUCUGUUAGUUAACGAUGCCACUGAUUGCUCUCCUUUAUGCUUUGGCAAUGAUAACUACCAGCAUUGGAUCGGUGUGUGGGAACGUGAUGUUGCUUCUGGUAGUCGCCUUCAAUACGAAACUGCAGACGGAGACGUGGGCUCUGACUCUGAACUUCUGCAUAUGCGACUUGAUCUUGGGGCUUUCUGCAAUUCCAUUUGGGAUUCACAACAGCUUGUCCGGCGUGGAAGGCUACGAUACCAAGAGCAUACUCUGUCAGUCUAAUGCUUUUGUGUAUGUGCUGCUUCAGCUGGCUUCUGUUCACUCCUUGACUUGGGCUACAAUAGACAAGUUCACCGAAAUCUGCUUUGCUCUGCAAUAUGCUCAGCUCUUCACCAAGAAAAGGACUUGGGUAAUCCUCUCCUUUCUGUGGAUGUACUGCCUCUUAAAUGCGUGUUUUCCUUUCAUGGGAUUUGGGUCAUACAGAUAUAGCGAAAACAAAUUCAUCUGCAUGCCGAGGUUUCAACCAUCCAGUAAGAGCUACAGCAUAAUAAUAAUAGUAAUCGGAGUCAUCAUUCCCAUAAUGAUAAUGUGUUCACUUUACAUUUAUAUCGUGUACAUCGCAAGAAACCAAGCUCUGCGGGGAACAUUCGUCUGCAACGACCAGCACUGUUACUAUGUACCAGCUAACAAUUACAUCAGGAGCUCCAUAGUCAUGAUAUCAACAGCAGUAUGCCUUCUAGUAUGCUGGAUGCCGUACAUCACUGUUAGUUUCUUUGAAACCUUUACCGAAUACAGCAUUCCACCUGUGGCUGAUGCAGUUGCCACCUGGCUGGUAUUGCUAACUUCUGCGUUAAAUCCCUGGGUGAACUCUAUGACACAAAAGAAGUACAGAAAAGCACUGCGUGGGAGUUUGAAGAAGCUUAGGCAACGGUUUCAACAGCCCAUAAAAAACUCCUUUCCACAAUCCCGAAAAAUGAACCACAGCUCCGAGCCACAGACAUCCAUCCCUGGAAGUGUAAUGCUCACCUCCAUUCAGACAUGAAACAAGGAUUCUCCACUAGUGGAAACAGGGAUCUGACAGCUGCUGCUGCUCUGAGGCCAAAGAAGGCAAGAGUUAACUGAAUUAAAGCAGUUUCCAGGGUGGAUACCAUUGAAGUCAUGUACAAGACACCUAGAAACACAGCUGCAGAAAUAAACGCACUGUUAGACGUCCUUUCUUAUUACGGGAGUAAGAAAGCAGGAACCAUAUGGCAUUAUUUCUCUCAGCUACAUCAGACUACUGAAACGGGUUACGUUUAACAAUAGUUAAUCGGCUAAAUCUUACAACCAUCUCAGAUAAAUGAAGGAGUUACAAGUUGCUGAAGCACAACUUCACCUACAGCAUUCAGAUUUAAUAUACUGUCUUUGAUACAAAUUAGUACACAGAGGAAUACAAAGUAUCUGAAAACACUUUUAAAAAGCAUUAUAACUUUAUCUUGGAUGUAAAAAGUCUUACUUUAACAUUUACACCAGGAAUUCUGCAUCUAAUGCGUGUUUGUGUUAUAUUAUAAAUUUCAGUAUGACAGGUGCAUACUUUUUUAUAUAAAGGGUCAUUGUUAAAAUAAAAAGGUAAUGUUUUUCUUGAAUGUAUGCAAAUGUUUGGCUUGAUUAAUAUUUCAUGGCAGAGGAAUACAUACAAAUAGGAAUACAUAGUGAAAGCCAAUAGUUCACUAUUUUUAAAAGAAACAGAUGUAUGCAAUUCAUCUCUUUUACUGUAGUAGUCUUUGUACUGUUGUGUUUAAAACUCAGAAAGUGAUGUAUUCGGAUUACAGAAGCAGUGUAAAACUGUUUAGGGCUCUAGCCUUAUACUGUACAAGGUUGUUGGCCUCAAAUGCAAGUUGCUUUUAAAAUUAGAUACAAAUAAAAAAGUCAUCAACCAAACAAACAAAUCUCAUGAAACUUUCUAAGUUGCCACUCCAGCCCCAAUUCGUGUCAUAACCCACAGACUAGUCUUAACCCCAAUCCAAGUCUUAAAUCUGAAAAUUGCGGUUACAUUUAUGUUUAGUGAUAAUACUCCAGUAAAGAGGUCUCGGUCUCCCUGCAGAAGUGUCUCAUACUGCUCAUCUACAUAAGAAGAGGAACAAUUGUAUAGAAAUGUUUUUUUGCUCUGGUUUUUGAACAAAUAAAAGUAUGUUACUGUA